AUGCGUGUAUCCUCGGGUCUCAUCGUAUUCCUGGGCACAGUCCCUAUGCCAAUUGUGGCCAUGUUCUACUACCCGAACGUUGCUGUAUCAGCCCUCGAACACAUCCUCGUGGACAAUUGGGGCGCAUAUGCUUCUAAUUUCUCGUCGGCCAUCACGCCCUGCGAUAACUAUGUCACAGAAGUAGGCCAGCCUGCCAUAAACUCUCGCAGGACGACGUCUGCGCAGUGGUUGCGCGUUGCGUUCCAUGAUUUCGCCACGGCCGAUGUUGCUGCCGGGACAGGCGGGUUAGAUGCUAGCAUCGGAUUCGAGACGGCUCGCGGCGAGAACUCCGGUACCGCGUUCAACGACAGCUUUACGUUCUGGCGGCCCUUCGUUAACGAGUUUAUUCCUAUGGCUGAUCUGCUUGCCAUCGGGACGGUCAUGUCGGUACAUCUAUGCGGAGGGAAAUACAUACCGUAUAAACCCGGUAGAGUAGACGCGACCGUGGCUGAUCCCAAGACCGGCGUGCCAGAGGCGUCAACAAGUCUGGAAGAAACACUGGCACAGUUCGAGCAAACCGGCUUUAACCAGCACGACGCUAUCGCUUUGACGGCAUGUGGUCACACAAUAGGAUCCGUGCAUGCCGGAGGGUUCCCAGAAGUAGUUGAGCAGUCUGCCAUCACUCCUAAUAAUACCAAUGGCGCAUCAAACUUUGACGAUACACGGGCUGUGUUCGAUCCAGCAGUGGUCCAUGAAUACAUCGACAACACAGGAGCCAGGGGUGGUGCGCUCGUCACAAGUUUCAAUGAGAGCAGUAGGUCGGACCUCCGUCUAUACGAGAGCGAUGGCAACAAGACCAUGUUAGAGCUUUACGCCCAAGGGGAUGGGUUUCAAGACACUUGCGUCGAUUUACUAAGCCGUAUGCUCAACACCGUCCCGUCAGGAGUACAACUCCAAUCAGAAAUCGCGCCAGCACUCAUCAAGCCGAUAAAUGUGACUUGGGAUGUCACUAGCGAUAAACAGCUAGUCCUCUCGGGAAAAAUCAGGAUGCUGUACUCUGGAGAGAUUCCGAAGGACCCGGUCUCGAUAACUUUCUCGAAUAACUAUACGGAGACACUGGUCCCCGAGGACAACUUAGGAAUUUCUGUGUUCAAAUUAACUGAUAACAAAACGAACGCUACAACGCAGUACCUACCCUUCUCGAUAUCUAGCGCCAAGUUAUUAGAAGCAUCAUCGUUUGCUAUAGCGGCAAAAGGCUUCGAGACUCAAGUCUUCCCCAUUCAAGAUAAAGCGUUUAUCGUCCCUAGCUUGACUCGUAUUGCGGAUGGCAUAGUUUCCAUUACCAUUGCUGCGAGGACAGACCAAGCCGAUUUCGAUCCAUCGCAAGUAUCAGUAAGAGUCUCGACUCCGAUUGCGCAGCCACUCACACUUGCGCCCAAGAUUAUACGGGCAGAUGUACAGCUCGAGAAGGGUGAAAGCCCAUUGAAGGAUAUAGGUUACUGGUCCGGGUCCAUCGCAAUUGAAUCACCUACUGGGGCUGUGAGUGCAACUUUGCUCUCGGGAGAGGAUGUUAUCGACACCCUAUUGCUUGAUGCUGGAGUCGCAGGGUGCCACGGGAUUGAACUGCCCUCAAGAUAUGAAAUCCGACUAGUGACGCCUGAUCUCGCCGAGUCAGUCUCGGCCUUGAGUUUCUUUACCCACUACUUCGACUCGCCCAUCUGGAGCGCAAUAUACGAAGGACGCCAGGCAAGAGAAGCAUUAAAGGCUUAUCAUGCUUGCAAACCUUUCUAUGAGAUGCCUGAAAUGGCGGCAAAGAAUGGCCUGUCUUUCUGCAUUUGGGACAAGGAGUUCGUAUUUAAGAGGCCCGAAUCAGCUGCUAAGGGUGGUGCUUGUUAUUGGAACGACUUCGAUGUCGACGAUCCCGAUCUAGAGGUUAAUGGACGGCAAAGGUUACUUGAUGCGUUAGAUUUUCCUAUUGUUGGCUUUGGAUUAUCGUUCGACAAGUUCGUCCCUGGUGACCCAAAGGGGUGGGAGGCUGCAACGAAGGCCACGCCUAUGAAUGUUCCCAUGGGUAAAUAUUAUGAAGUACACGACCCACGACCCAAGGGAUCAUGGGAGCCCACGGCGGCCGGGCAGGUUAUCGAACGGGUCGGUAGCGGAACAAGACACGGAUAUUAUGGCCAAGGGCUCAUGAAAGCGUUAGCAAGAUUCAUAAUGCUCGAAAUGAAAUCUAGGGGAUAUCGGGCAAUACAAAUCAACUGUGGAGCGCCUCAAAUGCACCAUGUAUGGUCUAACCCUCCGAAGCCGUUCAGGAGUUCUACUCUAGUGACGUUUCCUACGUGGAUUUUCGAGAUCGAGGAAGAUGGUAAGAAGGUUAGGCCGUACGAAAAAUCAAAGUUGCCUAAUCUGUAUCUGGUGUGGACGGAACUGUUGGAUUAG